AUGCGGAAGACUGAGGUCUCUGAUGCACCGGUUGCUCACGGGGCUAGGUCUACGGAUCGCGCGACUUCGCUGCUAAAAGAUCGCACGCUGGACGUCUACAUUGAUUUUGAGAAACCUGUCGGGGUCCGCGAACAUAAGAAGAAAAAAGCUGGCGGUAAUAACGCCGCGAAGAAAGUCUCAGCGCCUCCUCCGCCGGCAGAUAAUGGUGGGAGCUCAGAUAACCCGGAUCAACCCGCCGGUGACGGAGGCGGGGACGCCGGAGGUGGAGACGGAGCAGGUGAUGGUAAUGGAGACGGCGGCGGGGAUGAUAGCUGGGACGGCUGGACCACGAGCGGCUCGAAAAAGAAGAAGACCGAGGAAGAGGAAGAGGAGGAACGGAAAGCUGCAGAGGCCGCAGCGGGUAACAAACUCAACUGGGCUGAUGAUAUGGACGACAAAGGAGGCGCCGAUGACUCAUGGGCCGAAUUCGCGACUUCCGAUGCUCCACUUGGCGGUUUCCAAGAUGUGAGCCUGAAUGAUGGGGCCCCGCACCUGGAUUUGAACUUUGAGUCUGGGCCCAAGACUGGAGGCACCGGCUUCAGUUUUGGUGGCUGGGGUAAAGAUUGGAGCACGGGCAGUGGAGGUGCUGUUGCUCCUCCUGAUAACAAAUGGGGUCUUGGGGCUAUUGGCGAAUCGGCCCCGAAAGAAGAACCCAAAGAUGGCAACCCCUGGACAGUAGGCUCUAAGAAGAAAACGACCAAAACUACUGCAGGGUUUGAUUUCGGCGAUCUAGGAUCACCGCCUGCAGAGGAGCCCAAGGCCGACGACAGCUGGGGUGCAUUUACCGCUGUCGGGAAGAAAGGCAAGAAGAACGACGAGCCUGAACCUGCCCCAGAAGCUAACAAUGACGACUGGGGCGCCUGGGGAGUCGCGACCAAGGACAAGAAACAGAAAAAGAACCUACUAGAUCUCGAGCCUGAGCCUGAGCCCAUUGCUGAACCCGUUCAUGAACCCGAGCCCGAGCCCGAGCCCGAGGAGCCAGAAGAGCCUUUGGUUGAAAUUCCCCCGCCUAUUACCGAGGAAGCUUGGUAUAUAGGGCUUUCCAAAAAGGAGCAGCGAAAAGAGAAGAAGGCUUGGGAGAAGAAGGUCAAGGAGGCCGAAGAACAGCGCCAGGCUCAGCUCGACGCUAGGCAAGCCAAGGCAGACGCGAAGGCAAAGGCAGAUGACGAAGCUAGGGCCAGCGAGGUCGUCUCUCCACAGCCGGAAAAUGACUGGGACUGGAAUGUCUCGUCUAAGUCCAAGGACAAGAAGAAGAAGGUUGAACUUCUAGCAGAUCCCGAACCUGCCGCUCCUCCCCCGCCGGCUGAGGAUGACUGGGGAGAUAGCUGGGGCACAGCAGGAAAGAAAAAGGAUAAGAACCCUCAAAAAGAGCCUGAGCCAGUGAUCGAGGACCCGGCGCCAAAACCCGCCAAGGAGGACGACUGGGGUGGCUGGGCUGUCACCACUAAGGAUAAGAAGAAGAAAAAGGGCAAGGAGCCAGAACCUGAACCAGAACCUGAACCUGAACCUGAACCCGAGCCAGAGCCAGAGCCAGAGCCAGAGCCAGAGCCAGAACCGGAGCCUGCACCUGCAGUUCAUGAUGAUCCUUUGAGCGGAAGAGACGGGAGAAAAAAACUAAUCCAAAAGGGACUUCCCAUUCCCGGAAAGGACUUUGAACUUCCCUCCGACAAGCCCGCAGAGCUAGAACCUGAACCCGAGCCGGAGCCUCCUGCUGAGCCUGAGCCUGAGCCUGAACCAGAACCUGAACCUGAACCUGAACCUGAGCCUGAGCCCGAGAAGCCCGCCGAAGACGAUGCUUGGGGUGGUGUCUGGGGUACGACCAAGGACAAGAAAAAGAAAAAGAAGGGCUUCGAAGAACCUCCACCCCCAGCUCCGACUCCUCCUGCCCAAGGCCUCACUCCCGAGCCUGAAUUCAUAGCCGAGGAUGGUGACGACAUCUGGGCCGAGCUUGCUCCAACAUCCAAGUCUUCAAAGAAGAAGACAAUCGAGCCUGUUAAGGAAGAGAAACCAGCUGCAAAGGGCUUCUGGGCAUCUCUGACCGGUGGUUCUGCCUCUAAAUCCAAGACAAAGUCCAAGCCCAAGGAAGAGGAGCCUGAGCCUAUCCCGGAGGGUGAUCUACUCAUCGAUGUAGAGGAACCCCCAAAGGAGGCUGAGCCUGAGCCUGAACCAGAACCAGAACCAGAACCGGAGCCGGAGCCUGUCGUCGAGGAGAAGCCAAAAAGCAAGGCCAAGCUUUCUGUGGCUGAACGCAUCAAGGCCCUCGAACAGGCUAAGAAGGACAAAGUGAAAGAGGAGAAAUCAAGCUCAAAAAGCAAGAAGGAGAAGAAAAUUGACCCUGAACCCGAGCCUGAGCCUGAGCCUGAGCCUGAACCAGAACCAGAACCAGAGCCUCCUGCUGAGCCCCAGCCCAAGCCAGACCCGGAACCAGAGCCAGAUCUUUCUAAGAUGUCCAAGAAAGAACUGAAGAAAUACAAGAAGCUUCAGGCCGAGAAAGAAGCAGCAGCGGAGAUAGCGGAGGCAGCAAAGGCAGCUGUGCCGGAACCCGACCCUGAACCAGAGCCUGAACCUGAAGAGGAGAAGCAUGAUUCAGUUCCUGGAAGUUUCCCAGAUGAAGAUCCUGUCGAGCCCGAGCCUGAGCCAGAACCGGAACCGGAACCUGAGCCAGAACUUGAGCCUGAGCCUGAGCCUGAGCCAGAACCUGAGCCUGAGCCGGAUCUUUCGAAAAUGUCCAAGAAAGAGUUGAAAAAAUACAAGAAAGCUCAGGCUGAGAAAGAAGCUGCCGCUGCCGCUGCUGCGGCAGAAGCACCUUCUCCACCCCCGGCUCCAGAGGAACCGCCCGCACAGGAGCCCGAAGAGCCAGAGGCGGAGGCUGGUGCUCCACCGACACCUCCGCCUGAGCCUGCUGAGCCGGAGCCUACGAAAUCAUCAAGGAAAGAACGCCCGCGCGUUGAACGGAGUGGAACCAGCUCCGGUUGGGGCUUCUGGGGAGCAGCACCGCCCCCAAAGAAGUCCAGCAAGAAGGAAAGGAAGGCCCCCGACAAAGCUGAGGAACCAAAAGAGGACAAUGAGCCAGAAAAGUCUAAAGAGCCUAAGGAACCUACGGUGCCUAAGGAGACCCGGGAAGAAAGGCGCGAGAGGAAGGAGAAGGAAGAGAGGCGAGCGAGACGCAAAGCUAAAGAAGCAGCUCGCGAACUCGAUGCCUCAGCUGCUGUUCGAUCCCACUCUAGAAAGCCCCGACCCAAAGAAUCCGAUGCUGAUAUGGAGAAAUCUUCAUCAGACAGAGAGAAGCGGCGGGAGCGGGAAGCGCGUUCCUCUAAACAGCAACGCGCUACGACCUUGUCCAACUUCGUAUUUGGUGCACCACCGCCGCGGAGCAAAUCCACCAAGAAACCAUCAGCAGCUUCAAGACCUUCAUCAAAGCCUACAUCCAGACGUCCAUCAUUUGAUGCAGAUGCUGACGUUGCAAUGCCUCCACCACCUCUCGAUGACAAGCCGGAGGUGGCUGACAAGGCAGCCAAGUUGAUGGGUAUGAAUGGCUCGAAAUCGAGGCGGGAAAAGGAGCGUCCUCGUGCCGAAAGGAAAAAGUCAGGUACGGUUUCGGUCAUCUCACUAAUUUGA